UAUCGGGCGAAUCUCGCGAGUGUCGGAAGUGCGUUGAUCGUUGAAACGUAUCGACGAAAAGUGGUGCAACGUAUGACGAACGCGAAAAUGAGAAUGUCGACGAGCGAGUUGCAGGCCGUUAUCGCGCUCGCGAUACUGUCGACGAUCAGUCUCGGCAAUGAGAUUAAGGAUUACUGUUCGAUACACAAGUACUACAAUUUGCCGGGUGGCCUGAGCUUCACGAAGGAGGUCGUUACCAUGGAGUACGCGAACGUGGGUGCGUUCAAGGCUCUUCACUGCUGCCUCAGGGGAUACAGGAGCAUCGAAUGGUACAAGGAUAACAGGGCUUACCCUUGGCCGGGCGGCGAGAGUCACUUUAUCCUGUAUCCCGAGAGCGCGAAUCAAACGAUCUACACGCAGGAGAUGAGAGCCUCGGAUGCGGGACGGUACUCUUGCCAGGCACGUAACGAUACAACCACUUUGGAGGGCGACAUCACUCUCUCUGUACUCGAUGAGGAGUCCGGGGUCUACACGGGAAAACCUUUGCCCACUUACAGACCGACCUCGCAGUUGGUGCCCCUGGGAGGUACAGCGAGGCUCUUCUGCGAGGCUUACCUGGGCAAGGUCGACUUGCCCGACGCCAAGAAUUCCGUCACCUGGUCGAAAAGCGACAGCAACGUGACACUGCCCAGUCACGGUAGGAUAGCACAGCACAGGGUGUCUCGGGAGAACGAUCAAAUAAUCGGUUCCUACUUGGAAAUCGAGGACGUCACUCUUGAGGAUUACGGCGAGUACAAAUGCGAAGUCAGCAACGGCGUCGACGAGGAGAUCACAUUGGCUGCUCACGUAUACCGGCAAGAACCACAGUUCGUAUUGAGCCUUCCGAAUGGGUCUUGGCGGAAGUCUCUCCUGCUGGCAGUCCUCGUCCUCGUGCUGUUACUAUCAGCUGGCGCAUUUUACGCGCGUUGCUGGCUGCCACUUGCACUGUUUUGCAGAGACAAGUUCGGUCGCCUCGAGGAAAGCGACGGGAAGGAAUGCGACGCCCUGGUGUGCUACCACGAGAAGGAUUCGAGCCUGGUGAUCGGUAUCGUGAUACCCACGCUGGAGUCUAGGCAUCGGUACAAGUGCGCGGCGCUGGAGUUGUCUCAGCUGAAUCACAAUUGGAGCCUGGAAAUCAGUCCUCAUGCCAACACAACUCGGCGAAUCGUCGUCGUGCUCAGCCCCGCUUCCCUGGACAACAUCUGGACGGACGCGAGCGUCGGCGCGGUGUUGAAGCAACUGUCGUCGCUUCCAACCCGGGUGAUCGUCGUCACGUUGAAGAGACUACCGAGUACAACAGCGACAAUCGCGAAGCGAUCGCGACGGGAUCGUCGCGACGCCGACAAUACCUCUUUCGAUCGGCUGACGAUCCUGUCUUGGCAGGACGGCGGUGGCGGUAGUAGUGGCGGCAAUGGUACCGCCUUCGGCAGUGGUGGUCGCAAGUUCUGGUACAAACUGAGGCUCGCGAUGCCGGCGAUGCGACCGAUGGCGUCCGAGACCGGCUGCCAGUCGGUAGCAAUGAUAGUGCAGGCCAACGGCAAGUGCGGACAGCAAAAGGCACGUUCGCGCGAGAGUCUGGAAGUUCUCGUCUAAAGGCACCGUCACGGUGCUCAUCCUCUAUCCGAGGUUCCCGUGAGAGCAGUGUCUCGACCGAUUUCUACACCAAUUCAAUUGCCAAUCUUCGAAUCCCGAGGCGAGGGUCUCGAUGUCCCGUAAUCGCGUCCGCGCGAUCCUGCGAACCCCGAGGAUCCCGCGAGAGAAAGCUUUCGCUUUUGAUUUGAUAUCGACCCGGCGAAAGAAUUGCGAGGCGAUUUCGACUUCGACGACUGGAACGACUUCGGCGAAGCCUCAAAAGUCUCAGGAUCUCCCUUCCGUCUCGAGAAUCUUGCGAGAGGAAUCUUUCAUUCGUGAUAUCGAUUUUCGAAGAAGGCCGCGAGGCGACGUCAAUCCUGACGAUUCUAAUUUCACGAAAAGGCCUCGAGGCCUCUAUUUACUCUUGCGAAUCGAGAAUCCCGCUACGAGAAGUACGAUCGUCUUUGAUAAGAGGCAAAAAAUCGCGGCUUUUUUUCGAGCAUUUUGAUCGCGAAGUUCGAAGCGAAACUCAAGAUUGAAAAGAAUAAUUUUGCUGAAGUAUCUAAAAACGACCCCGCACAGAAAAAGUAGCUUCGGUCGAAUUGGCUGGAACUGUGAUAUUUCAUAGAUUACGAGAUGCUGAUUGAAGUUUUCUUAGGCAAAAUCAUAAAAAAUGACCAGAUUUGUUUACGGCAUCAUUUGAAAGUUGCUAUUUCGGGUCUAAUCGGAUUGAAUCAGGAGACGCGGUAGUGU